AUGGACCUGGGAGCCCAUGCCUGGGACCGUAGCCCCGAGAUCGACCUGGGCCACCUUUCUACUCCAAGGCGCCCUCAUGCUGGAAGGCGGCCUGCGAGCGCCCGUGCGGGUCAGGAUCCUUGGAAGGCGGGCGUGCCUCAAGGGUUCACCUACAAGAGGAGCGUCCGGGCGACGGCGCUGGCAACGCCCGCGAGUCCACAUCCCGCGGUCGUCCCCUGCCACUCCUCCGUGCUGUCAGGGGGACUGCCUGCGGACCCGCAGGUGGAGCCCCCCAGGAGGCCCUCGUCUUCGCGCCGGAGGCCCUCGCCUUGCUCGCGCGGGCCGCCCCGGUGCCUCGCGGAGGCGUCAGACCCGCUCUCCCAGCUGGCGCGCUUCGCGCAGCUGGUGCGCGAGAGGUGGGACCAGCCUGGCCUGUGGAAGACGCUGCACCUGCCCCUGCGGUCGCUCGUUCCGUGCGAGGACGUGUGCGUCGUCGCGCGCUCGAUCGGCCCGCCGCCACGGCAGGAGGCUUGUCAAGGCCCCUUCCGCAAGGACGUCCGGCAGUCCAUCCGAGGGCAUGAGCUCGUGAGGCACGUGGAGAACUGGAACCCUCAGCGCAUCGAGGGGCAGGCGGCGCUGAGGCGGCAGAUAUGCAGCAUUCCUUCGCCGGAGGCAGAGAGGCACAAGUGGUUGCAAUACGAGACCGCGUCCUCGGUGGCAUGUGGAAGAGGCAGCAUUGACAAUCAGGACGAGACGGUAUUUGAGCCCCAGGUCAAGACUAUCAGGUGCCUUGCAGCAGUGCCACUGUGUGACGACAGGGGCUGUGUUGUGGCGGUGGUCAAGUUCAUGAACCGCACCUCCAGCGAUAAGCUUCCUGUGCCAGAGUUCUCCAGGACAGACUUACAGUUGUUGCAGGCCCUCGCGGACGUCUUCCAGUGCGUCGCUCAUGGCCCUCUGUUGAGCGCACCAGGUGUUGGACUCGCUCGUCCACCACAUGUGGAGUUGUCGGUAUCAGACGACAAUGUGGGAGCCACAGUCAGCUGGCAGAUCCCCGAGGAAGUGGGCCCCACACUCAUCCACGAGAUCUCUUACGCGGUUGUUGAUGGCACAGUCCUCUCCGAAUGGCAGGUCAGUGAGGAUCAUUGGCAACCCGUGCCAUGCGGAGCCCUUGUCCCGUCCCCAGUGGAGGAAUUUUCGCCUGGCUUCACCAUGGGCCAGCAUUUCCAGUACGAGGUGACGGGGCUCAAGGCCGAUGCGUGGUACGCCUUCAGAGUGCGCGUUGGAAGCCUGUCCGCGAUGUCGCCUUGGUCUUCACCAUCGAAGCUGUCCACGAUGCUCGCGCCGCCGUACCCCAGGGUAGGCGAGGUCGUCGACGUCUCGCCCGCAGGCGACUCCGAGGUGCUGCUGAAUUGGCUACCUCUCUGUACCUGCGGAGGUGGCCUCACGAAGGUGGAGUACUGCGUGGUCGUCUCUGGUGUCGCAAGAUCUGGUGCAGCAGACGAUGGCAGCCUUCCGCAGCGACUGUCAGACGUGUUCAUUAGUGAUGGUACCGAGCCACGAGAGACAGUCCGCAUCUCAGGCUUGAACUCCCUCAUGUCGUAUGCGUUUGAGGUCCGAGCAAGGUACCCUCGUGUCGGCACGAGGGAGUUUUCGCUGGCGCUGCAGGCCGACGAGUUUGUGUUCCCGGGCCUCGACUACACCCUCCUGGCGCCACACCCUCUGGCUUUCGGCUCGACCGGCGGCGUGGGGCUGCCCACUCUGCCGCAGUUGACGCUUUGGUGGCCGUACCCACCACAGCUGCAGGAGGGCCUGAUUCUGCAGUACCGCACUGCGUUCGCCACCGCUGGCGACACGGGCCAGCUCCAGGAGCUCCAGGUGUCUGGCUGGUUCGAGCAGAGACUGGAGGAGGUGAUGUACACGCUCCGGGAGCACAGCGACGCGGCAGGCAUGGCCUGCGCGCUUGACAUUCCUGCCAUCGAAUCUGGACUUGCAGUGCAGUUCCGCGUCCUGGCCAAAUCGCCAAGGAGCCGCGUGUCGCCCAAUUCUGUGUGGUUUCAUCCGAAGCCCGUGGAGCCUGCUGCGGAAGUCUGCAUGGAGCUUGUCUGCUGUGAGGACGGGGGGCCUGCGCUGCAGAUUGCUUGGGACAGCCGCCAGGAGCUUGACCUGAGCCCGUUAAAUCAUAGUCCUGAAGGCUGUGCAAUUUGCCACGACCUCGCAGGUGGUCGUGGUCCCGUCGCCACGCACUUCCAACUGCGGCUCAGGUGGAUCUUGCAAGAUGAUGCCCAGGUGGCUGGUGAUUGGAGGGAGCUGCAGCCUGAGCCGCUGCCGCAGGCGUCGACGAUCCCUACCAGCGUGGCGAGCGACCUGCCUUACAGGUGGUUGCUACGAGAGAGCCAUUGGUUCGCGCAGGUAGGCGUGGUGCUUGAGGCCGAGCUCCGCCUCGGAAACGCUCUCUCGUGGUCGUGCUGGUCGCCAGGUGGCAGAGUCCUCGUGUCAGCCCGUCCGCCAGUCCCGCCCCCUGGCCACGCGCUUGAGGUCAAGGCCGUGGGUCGCGACGCCGUCCGGCUCGCGUGGCACCAGUUUCGCCCUGGGUGGCCGCAGCUCAGAGCGCUGGAGUAUUCGGUUCUCUGCCUGGAGCUGCUGGCCGGCACAGGCACCGCGCCCGAGCCCGGUCGCCCCACUGACAGCGAAGUCUGGACAAGCGACCGGCAGCCGUUUGUUUUCGACGGCAAGACAGUGUACGAGUGGAUGCAGACUGCGGACGACACCCACCUGUUCAUUGAGGCCCCCUCAACGAUUGGCAAAGCCCAUUUUGAGAUCAACAUCCGGAUCGAACCCGAGCACUUGAGGGUCGGGCUCAAGGGGCAUUCGCCGUUCCUAGAUGAGGAACUCUUCAGCCUGAUCAGUCCGAACAGGUCCUCCUGGAUGAUUGACGGCGGUGAGGUGCACAUAGUGCUGAAGAAGGCCCACAGGGGCGAGACUUGGGGCGCCGCCCUCAAGGCACAUUGCCAGCUGCUCGACACGCCACUUGGGCUGGAGGCGAGCCAUUCGGUGAUGCUCGGAGGCGCCCAGAAGGAGCCCGACGUGCAGCCGAGCUCCUGGCAGACGUGCAUGGUCAUCAGGCACAGCGGUGCCGAGGCCGAUGCGCCCCUGGAGUGCAACAUUGGCCCCCUCCUGCCAGACAGGGCCUAUCUGUUCGCGGUGGAGGGCAGGUAUUUGGGGCUGCCAGCGCGGGUAGCCCAGGACGCCGUCGCCAGGCUGCAGGCGCCGAGCCCGCUGCUUCCCAGAAGCUUCCACCUCCUUACGGGGAGGCUGACGGCGUCCGUGUCGCUCGAGGACAGCCCGUCGUGCUCCGCUGGCUUCAAGCUCAAGCUCGACUGGUCGUUACAGGCCAUGCCUGCGGGCGCCCGGCUGCCAGAGGCCCUCCUGUACCAGAUCCGGGCCUCGCCACGUGCUCGCCUGGGCUCCGCACUUGGUAACGAGCCCUGCCUUGUGCUGUCGCCGGCCCUGCUGCCCGAGCAGGACGCCUCAGCGCGCAGCCCCGCCAGCUUCGCGGUGGCGUCGCGCUCCUUGCACAUGGGGUCGGCCAGCGUCACACUGAGAGGCUCCGAUCUCGAACCCCUGCUUGGCGCUCGUAAGCCUCUGGAGCUGCAGGUACGCCUCGGCCACAUCUUGGAGGGGGCGUGGAGCGACUGGUCGCCGUCGUCCGAAGCCGUGGAGCUGACGCUCGAGCCCCCAGUCCCACCCGCCAGAGCGUCGCUAGAGGUGCUGGAGGAGCUCUGGAAGGAGGGGGGGAUGCCAGCCGAUGCGGCGCAUGGCGUCCGCCAUGUACUCCUCUCGUGGCCCCCCUUCAGGCCAGCGCAUGGCGCGAGGUCAGACUGGCACGACCAGCUGCACAUCGAGUACAAGGUGGAGGCCCAGGCGUUCGCCGAUGUGGGUGCGAAAGGCGCGGAGAGCAAGUUGGACCUGGACAUGACUUUCGAGUGCUUUGUCUCGCUGUCGCCAGUUGCUGCCGAGCCCCCUGUGAAGCACAGCGUGCAGGUGCCAGGCGAAAGGCUGAACGCGCUGCGUCGGUUCUCGUUCACCGUGUCGGCCCGCUACACGUUCGCGGACGGUGCACCAGUCCCGGUGCCGCUGGACUCCGGCCCGCGAGGCGGCCUGUCGUCGCAGGGCGCGUACUGCCCAACUCCGCCCCCGCGCCCGCCCGCCAGCCUGGAGCUGGUUGCUUCCUCGAACGACGAUGAGGCUAGCCCGUCCGGUGUUCUGCUCGUCCUGUCAGAGGCGGCGUCCGCCACGGAGCACGUUGCCCUGCGUGUUGAGGCUCGUGCUGGGCGUGGCCGAGCCAGGGGUGUUGCUCCAGUGGGCGAGUGGUCACCAUGCACCGUGGAAAGUGUGUCAGCAACACUUUCUGGCCAGCAGUUGCUUGUCACAGAUCUUCCCUCGAAGGUCUGCCAGUUCCGACUGCGCCGUGACACCUUGGUGUCAGAACCCUCGGAGUGGAUCGACACGGAGGUGUGGAGCCCUGCGGUCCUGGAGGGGCAUUGGCUGAAGUGCAACGACGGGCUCGUGCUCGACAGCAGCUUCGAGGCGGUCCUCAGCGCAUUGCAUGGCCCACCUUUGGAGCCAGAGCUGGCAUUAAAAGGUCUUGGUGUGGCGCUGUGCCUCUGCGGCGGUGUUGUUUCCGCGUGGUUUGCGUGGCCACGAGAACCGCCAGGAGAUCAUGCUGCGGAGAUUACCAGAUACCAGCUGCGCUGCUGCACAGCCGGCGGUGGCUGGGAGGAGCUGCCCGCAGAGGGCAUCCGGGUCACGAGCUCGAGUUCGAGCGUCGCCGAUUGCCACGUUACAGAGCUCAGUCAGGGCCUGUCGUACCAGUUUGCUCUCCGGCUUUGCAAUGAGCUUGGCGCAUGGUCUGCUUGGACAGCUCCCACGGUUGCGAUGGUCACGUGUUUGUCUGCGCCGAUUCCUGGGCACCUCGUGAAGGCCAGCGGCAUCUCCGUAGAGGUGCCGACCCCCUCCAGCGUCAGGCUGGCGUGGCGGCCAUUCUGCAUCCCGCGGCGCCCAGACUGGGAGAUUGCGCCUCCCAUCUUGCUCGGCACGGGCGGCAGGCUGGCUGCGGGUGAGUAUGAGGUCGUCGUCCGCGCGGAGGGCGGCCACACCGUCGCCGCUCUCCUGACCCAAGGGCCGUUGCUGUUGGAGGAGCUGCCAAUGGACGUGGCCGACGUCCCAUGGGUCGAGGUUGAGGUGGAGGCGCUGGAGCCACACCGGUCUGUCAUCUUCGAGCUCAGGGCACGCCUCCCUGCAGCUCCAUGGGGGGACUCUUUCAUGUCGCCCCUGCUGGCGCCACGCUUGCUGCCCAUCGGGGUGUCAACCCCUGGCGUGGAGUUCGUGCUCCGCCCCCAGAGGGGCCAGGCUUAUACGCGGAUGCAGGCGCUGCUGCUGCUGAAGUGCGACAUCCAGGGCUUCUCCGCGGUAGCCACGGCGGCGGCGGCGGCUGCGGCUGCAGUGCCUGCACAGGAGGCUGCUGGCGCGGGGCAGGUCGAGCGCCCAGCUUACAACGUAGGCGCCGCGAAGCUUGCGAGGCUGCAGUUGCGGAGCUCGGCGGCGGAUGCGGACACGGGAAAGCGGCUCGAGGCAUGGAGCGAGUGGCCAGACGCGCAGGCUCGUGCACAGGACAGCCCCCAGCUUUUUGAGCACGAGGUGCCGCUGCCCUCCCCAGCCGUGUGCAGGCCGGGGCAGUAUGUGUUCAGCCUCCGCUGCUCCGACGAGCACGGACGCUGGACGCCGUGGUCCACGCCGUCCUGCGCCGUCUCCAUCCGCGUGCCGCCCCUGACCGUGAGCGGGCUGCGCGCCGUGCCCCUCGGCCCCACGGACGCACGCCUGGAGUGGAGCCCCUGCGCUGGCGUCGGCGCGCUCCCCCUGGCCGAGGGAGACGUAGAGUACCGCCUGCACAUGACUCAGAGCGGCAGAGGCAGCACCAGGGCGAUCGUCCUCGACGGCUUCCGGAGUGACCUCGGCACUGGUGGGACUCGGCAGCGCGAGGUUUACAAUUUGGACGCCCAUUCCGAGUACGUGUUUUUCUUGGCUGCUCGCCCGACCAACGUGACCCCGUGGCUGAACGGCUACGAGUGGGGCCCCGACGUUUCAGUUCGGCUGCCAGCACGGGUGAUGUGCAGCUGA